CGGGACGCCUCCUCGUGCUCUCUCCUCCUCCUCCUCCUCGCGGCCUCGCCUCGCCUCGCCUCGCCUCCACGCGCGAGCGAACCCUAACCCUAGCCUCCCUCCCCAAUGGCGCGUCGCGCGUGAGGAGCCGCGGCAGGAGCGGGGAGGAGGGAGGAGAUGUACAAGCAGGGGGGAGGAGGAGGUGGAGGAGGGGGAGGGGGAGGGGGAGGGGGAGGGGCGGGGCUGGACCGGAAGCGGCUCAGCGACGUGCUCGACAAGCACCUCGAGAAGGCGAUCGCGGCGGCGGCCGCGGCGGCCUCGCCGUCCACGUCGAGGGGGUCGGCCGGGGGGAGGGACCACCAGCGCCUCGUCGUGCCGUCCUCCGCGUCGUCCAUGCCUAAGGGCAGGUGCUCCGAAGGGGAGUCUGAAUCUGAUAGUGAAGCAUCAGAUGUUAGUGGUUCUGAUGGAGAGGAUACCUCAUGGAUUUCAUGGUACUGCAACCUAAGAGGGAAUGAAUUCUUCUGUGAAGUUGAUGAUGAUUAUAUACAAGAUGACUUCAACCUCUGUGGGCUUAGCAGUCAAGUUCCAUAUUAUGAUUAUGCUCUUGAUCUCAUUUUAGAUAUUGAGUCUUCUCACGGUGACAUGUUCACUGAAGAACAAAACGAGCUAGUGGAGUCAGCUGCAGAGAUGCUGUAUGGGCUGAUUCAUGCACGAUACAUUUUGACCAGUAAAGGACUGGCGGCAAUGCUGGAGAAGUACAAAAACUAUGAUUUUGGAAGAUGCCCACGAGUUUAUUGCUGUGGCCAACCCUGUCUGCCGGUUGGACAAUCGGAUAUACACCGAUCUAGUACUGUGAAGAUAUACUGCCCCAAGUGUGAAGACAUCUACUAUCCACGGUCCAAGUACCAAGACAUCGACGGUGCAUACUUCGGGACAACAUUCCCACAUCUGUUUCUGAUGACAUACGAGCACCUCAAGCCUCAGAAACCCUCACAGCGCUACGUGCCUCGCGUAUUUGGUUUCAAGCUCCACAAGCCAUGAAGUUGGAGACUGGAGUUUUGCAGUUCUAGGGAGACCCUGGAAGACUACUGCAAGAUUUGGGCAUUUGCCAGCGAUGGUCUCUAUCAUGCUGCCGCUGCCACUGCCACUGCCACCGCCACCGGCCUGCAGCAUGCAUGCACCUUGGCCGGCAGGCCCACUCCACAUUCGAAAUGUAGCUAUAAAAGACAUCAAUCGAUCAAUGUUGUAACGUAAUUCCAAUUGUUUUUUCAAUUAGCGAAUCUAGACCCCCUUAAUUCUAAAGUAGGUGCUGUUGUUUGUGCCUUGAUUAAAAUGAUAUGAUGUUAAGGCAUGGUUUAGUUCAAGUUCUAAGCAAGGUCCAUGCCUGCAAUUGGAAAGCUAAGGAUGACAGUUGUAGGCUAGUAGUUAUUGCUCUGGUA